CAGAGUUUGUCAUGCCACGCCGAAAGCGAAAGGGAAGAGCGGCUAAAGCUGCUCUUCGCGGCCAGCUGGGAAUUGGUAGAGUUGCCGCAAGACGACAUAGGAGAGCUAAGAAGGAUGAGGAUGCGCUUGACGAUCAGGAGCGGGCCAUGAAGCAAAUCAAGGCUGCUGGAGCUGCUAAAGCCGCUGAAGAUGACAAGGCGAAGCAGCCUCAUUCGUUUGUGAUCCAUCGAGGUGUUGUCGGGAAAUAUGUCAGAGCUUUGGAGCACGAUAUUCGGCAAAUCAUGGAUCCUUUCACGGCCAAGCAUCUGAAGAUUAUGAAACGCAACAACAUCAAGGAUUUUGUAAUUCAUGGCGCGGUUCUGGGCGUGACAAAUAUGAUGGUUUUGACCACAAGCGAGACCUCUGUACAACUUAGAAUGAUGCGUUUCAGUCAAGGACCCACACUUACUUUUCGAGUGCCUGAAUAUUCCUUGUCCCGGCACAUUCUCUCCACCCAAAAAAGGCCUCUUAUCCACCAAAAGUUGUUCGACAAGCCUCCACUAGUCGUGAUGAAUGGCUUCAACCAGAGUGGUAAAAAGCAUCUGCUUUUAGUAGAAACAUUCAUACAAAACAUGUUUCCGUCUAUAAACAUCGAUACGCUCGAUUUGCGAUCCGUUAAACGCUGUCUAAUGGUGAACUAUUGGGAAGAAGACGAUACGAUAGAUAUUCGACAUUAUUCGAUUCGAGCAGUAGCUGCUGGGAUUAACAAAUCUGUAAAGAAAUUAAUAACAGCUGGUAAAUCAACUACCAAGGAGCUGCCAGAUCUAUCGAAAUAUAACGAUAUUGCCGACUAUCUGCUGAACCCCGGACAUCUGAGCGACAGCGAAUAUGAGGGAGAAGAGCAGGAAAUUAUACUGCCUCAGAACAUCAGUGAGCAAGGCGGUACUGUAAGAGGAGAGAAAAGUCAUGUGCGUCUGAUGGAGAUUGGACCUCGACUGAAACUUGAAUUGUUGAAAAUAGAAGACGGCAUUGAUGAGGGUGAAGUAUUGUAUCACCGACUUGUACAGAAGACUGGUGCUGAACUGGAGAUGCUAAAGAAGGAAGCUCCAAAGAAGAAGAAGUUGAAGAAACGAAUCGAGCAAGAAAAUGAACAUCGUAUCAUUCGUAAACUCGAAAAAGCACAAGAAGCAAAGAAACGAGAAGAAGAGGAACUGAAGGCCGUGAUAGAGAAGGCAGCAAGAAAACAAGCGGCAGCAACCGGACAGACUGAAGAUAUUGAGAAUACCAGAGAAAAAGACAGAGAAAUUGCAAUGAAUAGAGAAAGAGAAAUGACUCAACAAAAAGGCGGUGGUGAAGGACAAAAUCGACCGCUAGAGAAUCCGAGAAAACGCCGUCGGAAAGACGGAGACCACAUGAAAGACGCGAAAAAGAAGCCAUUCGGAAAACAUAGAAAGGACAGAUAGUUUCGCGAUGGGGGGCGGCGCAUGUGUCGACCAUUUCUCACUGUGAAGACUUGUUAUUGCAUCGUAUGUUGUUUUUGUUAGAAAAUUGUUGAUUAUGACUUGUUGUUGAUUUCUUGUGGCUAGAGUGCUU